GGGGGCUUUAAGCGGAGGAGGUUUAUAUGCCUAUGAAUGUGCUUGAAUUCAAUUUGAACCAGAUCGAUGUCGUUCUCAGGGUUCGGUAAGAAUUCAGGCCCUAAUGGUCCUCCUACGGCUCAACCUCCAAUCGGAUACUCUCCGUCUCCUCCCUUCACUGCUUCUCCAGUUCAACCUUUUCCAAGGCCGUUUGCGUCUCUUCCAAAUUCAGAUAUGGGGUUUCAAGCUCGUUCAAGGUCUCCAACAGCUACUUCAGUUGUUUGGGCUUCACAUGAUGCUACUGGGCAUAUCUUACCUGGGCAAGACCUUAAGAGAAUCAGUUCACCUUUGUUGCCAUCUAAUGGUCAUAAUGUUUUGUCUUCUCAACCAAUAGGCAAUGAAAGGGAUGGAGGAUCCUUCUACGGCUUAAACAAAGUUGUUACUCCUCAGGUGACGCAGUCAUCACGUUCACCCCCUGGAAACAGCAUUCAUUUUGAGAAGUUUAGUCAUAAUGGCGACAUUCAGAGUAGGUUGUCUGUAUCGCCUCCUGCUGGGGGAAAUUGGACAAGGCCGCCUGGCAAUUCUGGUCGCUCAAUGUCUUGGCAACGCCAACAUGUAUCUGCUGGAAGUUUGGGGACUCAACAUCAGGCUGUUCAGGUCUCGAAACAUACUAGGCCCCAACUUAUACCAUCUACUCAUGAAGUUUCUCAAAGUGGUUUUCAUUUCAACCAAGUUGAUUCAUUCAGUCAUUCUUUGCCUCCUCCUUCAAUGUCUAACGAAUACGGAAACAGUCUAAUGCUCAAUACUAUGGACUCCCAGGCUGCACAACAUGCUAAAUCUGUACAUCCAUCAGCCACCACAAAUAUGUACUUGCAAAAUUCAGUUUUGACUAGGAUUUCUAAUGGAAGGUCUUCUCCUUCCCCUCCCAGCUUAGGCCCAAGACCUCAUUCUGUUCCUGCCAGGCCUACUUCUCAGUUUCAUAGUCAAAUGACACAAUCUGCACAAAGUAUUGAUAAAGAAUCUGCUAUGACAAAGACAAUCAGCAAUCCAGUUACUAAAAGAACCAGAUCGCCUCCUAUUACUUCCACUGGCUCAACACAUGGAAUUGCCAAUAUCAACCAAGAUGAUCAUGAGCUUGAAAUAGAGGCUAAGGCUAAGAGAUAUGCACGCUUCAAGACUGAACUAAGUCAGCCUGUACAAACUGCCUCUAGCAUUGGGGUGCAAAAGGCGCCAGUGCAUAGGCGCGAUCCAUAUACAGAGAGGCGAGAAGCCCCAGAUGAACAUGCUAAAGAUAUGGCUGUAGAUUUACCUGAAGGGAUGUGUGACUAUGAUGUACAGGAUUCAUCCACUGUUAUAGUUGGUUCAUGCACAGAUAUGUGUCCGGAGGCGGAAAGAGCUGAGCGAGAGAGGAAAGGAGAUCUUGACCAAUACGAGCGCUUGAAUGGAGAUAGAAACCAUACCAGCAAAUCCCUUGCUGUUAAGAAGUAUAAUAGAACAGCAGAGAGGGAAGCAGAGUUGAUAAGGCCCAUGCCUGUCUUGCAGAGGACAGUUGAUUAUCUUCUCUGUCUGCUAGAAACGCCUUAUGAUGACAGGUUUCUUCGUCUUUACAACUUCCUUUGGGAUAGGAUGAGGGCUAUUCGGAUGGAUCUCAGAAUGCAACAUAUAUUUAACCUUGAAGCAAUCGGCAUGCUUGAACAAAUGAUAAGACUUCACAUAAUAGCCAUGCAUGAAUUAUGUGAAUAUGCCAAAGGGGAAGGAUUUUCUGAGGGAUUUGAUGCUCAUCUGAACAUUGAACAAAUGAACAAGACAUCAGUUGAGUUGUUCCAAAUGUAUGAUGAUCACAGGAAGAGAGGCAUUAUCGUGCCAACAGAAAAGGAAUUCCGAGGUUAUUAUGCUCUUCUUAAACUGGACAAGCAUCCUGGUUAUAAGGUUGAACCUGCAGAACUCUCGCUUGAUCUCUCUAAGAUGACGGCAGAAAUACGAAAAACACCAGAAAUCUUGUUUGCCCGUGAUGUAGCCAGAGUUUGCAGGACAGGCAACUUCAUAGCCUUCUUUCGUCUGGCAAGAAAAGCAAGUUAUCUUCAAGCAUGUCUGAUGCAUGCUCACUUUGCAAAGCUGCGAACUCAGGCACUUGCAUCUCUACACUCUGGUCUACAGAAUAACCAAGGGAUUCCAAUGUCUCAUGUUGCCAAAUGGAUCGCAAUGGAGGAAGAAGAUUUAGAAAGCUUGUUGGAGUAUCAUGGAUUCUCGAUUAAAGAAUAUGAAGAGCCGUAUAUGGUGAAGGAAGGUCCAUUCUUGAAUAGUGAAAGUGACUUCACUGUGAAAUGUUCAAAACUCGUUCACAUGAAAAAGUCUCGUGAGAUAGUUGAGGAUAUCAUAUCUUUUUCUCAUCAAUCUAUGCCAUUACCUGUGGAAAGAGUACAUGAGUCCCAGUUCAAUGUGAGUCCUCAGAAGGAGCCAAAACUUGUUCAAGUUGUUGAGCCAGAAAUUCAGGUUCAAGUAGUUGAUGAAGAAAUGGCCUAUCAUGAAUCAGCCUCAUCGCCAAAGGAUAAAAUCAUCUUAAAGCCUAUUCACCAACCAUUUGUUGUAGAUCAACAAAGUGAGAUUGAUAACCAGAUGACUAGAUCAAGUAGUCUAACUUGGGAAUCCACCAUAUUACCUAAUUCCCCCAAGUAUCAAGGAGGAAGUAGAGUGGGUAGUCCAAGGACACCAAAAUAUGAUAAAGCUUUUCGAAACUCUCUGGAGAAGAAUUCACCAUUAAGCAUGAACGUGGUUGUUCCAUCCCUGUCCAUGGAUGAGUUUGAACAGGGAAAAGUUCCAGGUCCUGAACUUGAUUCUGCAGUUGAAGAGUCAGUUCCACCGACAACAACCACUGAGGAUCUGCACAUGGAUAUGCCUCUACUCAUUGAAAAUGAGGAAGUUGAACCCAGUUACAGUUACCAUGAUGAAGAAGCUGCUGAAGCUAGACUCAAGUUGAUACUUAGAACAUGGAAGCGCCAUUCAUCCAAGAAAAAGGAGUUACGUGAACAAAAGCAGUUAGCUGCACUAUGGGCCUUGAAUUCAUUGUCACUGGGAACACCUAUUCGACAGUCCAAGGAUCAUUCAAGCAGCUUUGUGGAGUUCAAAAUUGAUGAUAUUUUGUAUGAGCGGCAAAAACAAUGGGAAAGAUCACGGUGUAGAUUAAAUGUUUCAGAAGUUGUAGCCAAUACACUUGGUGCAAGAAACCAGACUGCUAAGUGCCUCUGCUGGAAAAUUAUUUUAUUCUCACAGAUAGAGAAGCAUAGUGAAGAUAAAAUGCAAGAAGAAAAUCAGUUCAAUGCUGGCUCAUGGUUGCUCUCCAAGCUCAUGCCUGACGACGAAAAUGAUGAUAAUCUUGUAGUUUCAUCUCCUAGCCUCUCAAUUUGGAAGAAAUGGAUCUACGAAAAAUCUGCUGACCAGUUUGACUGCUGUUUAUCAAUUGUUAAAGAAAUAAGUUCCGAUAAUAACCUUGAAGAGUCUGCAUUAGGUGCAAGUGCUGUUGUCUUUGUUCUAUAUGGGACAUUCUCAUGGGAAGUCCAAAAAAAACGUCUCCAUAAUCUCCUUGCAUCUUUAAGUUCCGGUUCUGGCUUGCCCUUGCUGAUUCUAUGUGACUUAUGUGAUGAAACUUCAAAUCCAGCCGCGAUUGUUCAAAAUUUGGGCCUUCAUCACAUCGACAAAUCACGAAUUUCUAGUUUCACGAUCAUUUUCCUUCGUACAAGCCAGAAUUUCUACUGUGAUGAGAAGUUGAGAGGAGGAUUGCAAUGGUUGGCUAGCGAAUCGCCUUCACAACCUAUUCUAAAAAAUGUGAAAACACGCGAGCUUGUUUUGAGGCACUUGAGUUCUUCACUGGCAGUUCUAGACAAGACUGAACCAGACCAAUGCAUAUCAGCCUUCAAUGAAGCUAUUGAUCGAGCAUCGAGGUUGGUUUUUGUUACUUCUAAUGAAAACCACACGUUUUGGCCCUGUCCCGAGAUUAAUUUGCUCGAGAAGAAUACUGUUGAGUACGAAUCAACGAAGUUACACUUGCCCGAAGUUGGAUGGAGCUCAACCAAAAGAAUCGAACCAAUUAUUUACGCGUUGGAGGACUGUAAGCUUCCUGAGUUUCACGAUGAUAUAUCUUGGCUUUACGAAGGUUCUAAAUCGGGAAGGGAGAUUGUAGAACAGAAAUUAAAACUCGAGAACUGCUUGUUCAGAUAUCUCACGAUUUCAAGCAAGAUGAUGAUGGGAGAAGCAAUGGCGAUGAAAGAGGCUUCUGCAAUUCUACAAAGUAGUGCGCGUCUUUUGCUUCACGAGUCUGUAUACUAUAUUGUCCCGAAUUGGGUCAAGAUUUUUCGUAGAAUCUUCAAUUGGCAUUUGAUGAUUUUAUCCAAUGGACCAUGUUCUACAGCCUACGUGAAGGAGGAGGAUAAACUUGCUCUAGAUAGGAUGAUGGACAUUGAAGACAGUUAUUCUUACGAUUAUCCAUCCUUAGAUGAAAUGAUAAGAGUUAGCUGUGAAGAUGAUGAUUACUUCCCUGAUUCAGGUAACAAUGUCGCAAAGAGCACAAGUCAGAUUGUUUCAGAUGAAAAGCUUAUGGCCUUUGUUCCUUAUGGGGAGUUUGAUGGCGAGAAAGAUAACGACAGUUCUUUUAUGUCAGAGAAAGAGGAAUCAAGUUCGGUAUUGAUUUGCAAACCAAGCAAGGAUUCUGACAAAUUGAGUAAAUUGUUAGAUCAGUGUAACAUAUUGCAGAAUACCAUAGACAGUAAAUUGUCUAUCUAUUUCUGAAACCUGUGUAAGUUUUGUUUCAAAGUAUUCUUUUGCUCUUCAUAUUGAUCUUUAUUUGCAAAAGAAACUGACCUGUUGUAAUACCUGAGCCAUUGAGAACUUGUAUUUUGUCAUCUUUGUAAUAGCUAUCCCCAUUCAUAAAUAGUCAAAGUGAUUUUGUUGCU